ACUCCGUCCUGUGCCGUUGUCCUCUACCCUCGAAGAGAUGUCCAUAAACCAGCUAGCCGAAGCUGUCUUCCGUGCAGUGAAGAUCACUAGUCUAUUGGAGAAGAAAUCCAUCGCAGCUUCGCAAGGUUCAAUGAUCUUCUAUGCCAUAGAAUCGCAUGAGCCAGGAGCGUCAUUUGAAGAGACUGUAGAAAACGACAUACAAAACGGAGGGUCCGAGAAAUCAAUAUUGGUGGAGAGAUGCACUGUUGGGACCAUCGAGUUGACUCCACAGGAAUUACAAGAAAUCACAUUACGUUCGGAACGGAAGCUACCUGGGACCUGUCGAUCCAAUUUUACAAGGCGAACCUUAGCUGGGUGUCUCCUCACAGACAGAAACCAGGAGCAACUUUAUUUUAUAGAUUGGGAAAAGGGUACAGAAGGGAUCUUUACCGUCUCUUUUCCAGGCGAGGCAAAAGAGGAUGUGUUUAUCUACACGGAAGACACACUCAAUGCAUUCUAUUAUACAUUUCCCCUGAGGGAGAUAGCUGAACGACUCACUCCGUCAAUAUCAAGCCAUAUAAUCGCACCCGCUACAGUUCAAGUACUCUAUCAUAAUCCAGACGACACGAGAAACGUCGGUUGGACCCUUCCUCAGAUUGUGACCUUUUCGCUCAUGGACAUAUUUACAGGAACUCCAGAGGAAGAUAAAGGUAACAUCAUGGAUUAUGCGGCUGACACUGGUUAUGUGGUAGCACCCGCACAACGACUCAUCAUGAAGGCACUUCCAGACCCGGGUUUGGCCGAAUCUGUAGGAGGAUGGGACCUGUGGACCGUUGGAGGCUCUGCAAAAGGUGCUGCAUGGCUGCAACAAACCACCUUCGAGGGUAUAGAGGACCCCGACGCUUCAUUUGUAGAG